GAAACGUCAUCACGCACAAGGAAGUGAGUGUGUUGGGCAGAGUUGUAAUCUAAGCAUGGCUGCAAAGGUAGUCUUUCCCAAAAGGGCUGAUCCAGCAGAAUUAAAGUCUAUUUUUUUAAAGUAUGCAAGUAUUCAGAAGAAUGAGGAGCACUUCAUGUCGCCGGAGGACUUUGUUUCUCGGUUUCUUCACGCGCACACCGAUAUCAAGCUGUCUGAGGAGGCUGUGGCCCUGCUGGCAGGGGUGGUCGACCAGACCAAAGACGGGUUGAUCUCCUUUCAGGAGUUCCUGGCUUUCGAGUCGGUGCUGUGCUCCCCGGAUGCGCUGUUCAUGGUGGCUUUUGCGCUCUUCGAUAAAACCGGCAAUGGGGAGGCGACAUUUGAGGAUGUCAAGCAGGUUUUCGGCCAGACCACUAUUCAUCAGCACAUUCCAUUUAACUGGGACUCGGAGUUUGUGCAACUGCACUUUGGCAAGGAGCGGAAGAAGCACCUCACAUAUGGAGAGUUCACACAAUUCCUACUGGAAAUGCAACUGGAGCACGCCAGGCAGGCCUUCAUGCAGAGGGACAAGGCCAGGACGGGCACCAUCACGGCGCUGGACUUCCGGGACAUCAUGGUGACCAUUCGGCCGCACAUGCUGACGCCGUUUGUGGAGGAGUCGCUGGUCGCCGCUGCGGGCGGAGGGACGUCCCACCAGGUCAGCUUCUCCUACUUUAACGGCUUUAACUCUCUGCUCAACAACAUGGAGCUCAUUAGGAAGAUCUACACCACUCUGGCUGGGAGUCGCAAAGAUGUUGAAGUUACCAAAGAGGAGUUCAUCAUCGCAGCGCAGAGGUUUGGCCAGGUGACCCCCAUGGAGGUGGACAUCCUGUUCCAGCUGGCCGACCUGUCUGAGCCACGGGGCCGAGUCGGGUUAGUGGACAUCGAGAAGAUUGCCCCAUUGGAAGAGGGGGCUCUACCGUACAACCUGGCAGAAGUCCAGAGACAGCAGUCUCCUGGCGACGCCUCGCGGCCCCUCCUCAUCCAGGUAGCCGAGUCAGCCUACAGGUUCACCCUGGGCUCUGUUGCUGGAGCUGUGGGCGCCACUGCGGUGUACCCCAUUGACCUGGUGAAGACCCGCAUGCAGAACCAGAGGACAUCUGGCUCGUUCGUAGGAGAGCUGAUGUACAAGAACAGCUUCGAUUGCUUCAAGAAGGUGGUGCGAUACGAAGGCUUCUUUGGGCUCUACAGAGGUCUGGUACCGCAGCUUCUGGGUGUGGCCCCGGAGAAGGCUAUAAAGCUUACAGUGAAUGACUUUGUCAGAGGAAAAACUAUGCAGAAGGACGGCACAGUCCCACUAGCAUCUGAAAUUCUCGCUGGCGGAUGUGCCGGGGGUUCCCAAGUCAUCUUCACCAACCCCCUGGAGAUUGUGAAGAUCCGGCUGCAGGUGGCUGGAGAGAUCACCACAGGCCCACGGGUCAGUGCUCUCUCAGUCAUCCGGGAUCUGGGCUUCUUCGGCCUCUACAAGGGCGCGAAGGCCUGCUUCCUCCGCGACAUCCCCUUCUCGGCCAUCUACUUCCCCUGCUACGCGCACGCCAAGGCGGCCAUGACGGACGAGGACGGCCGGGUGGGCCCCGCCAAGCUGCUGUUCGCCGGAGCGCUGGCUGGUAUGCCUGCGGCCUCCCUGGUGACCCCAGCCGAUGUUAUCAAGACCCGGCUACAAGUGGCAGCUCGUGCCGGACAGACCACGUACAAUGGGCUCAUUGACUGCUUCUGGAAGAUUCUGAAGGAAGAAGGGGCUCGGGCAUUCUGGAAAGGAGCUGGAGCUCGAGUAUUCCGCUCCUCACCCCAAUUUGGAGUCACACUGGUGACCUACGAGCUGCUGCAGAGAUGGUUCUACAUAGACUUUGGUGGACAAAAGCCAUCCGGCGCGGAUCCCCCGCCGAAAUCUCGGAUCAGCCUGCCGGCGCCCAAUCCGGACCACAUCGGAGGGUUCAGGCUGGCGGUGGCGACAUUCGCGGGAAUCGAGAGCAAAUUCGGGCUCCAUCUGCCGCGCUUCACCGUCCCAGCACACCCCUGCUCGGGUCACCCGUGAACCUCCUCCCUGCCUGGAGGGGGCACCACACCCUACACGCCUGCACUGUUCAGCUACACAGACUUCCUGUGACUUUAGGAGUGCUUCCUGUUGACUACAAUGAAUAUCUUACUGAGAAAGAAUCACAUUGUGACUAGCACAACACUCAUAGCUUUAAGAAAAGAAAAUGUUUAGUAUAUCGUCAGUAUUUUUGAAAGUGUUCAAUGACCUCCAGCUUAUUUUUCUUCACUUUAAAGUUCUGAACGCAAGCACUGGUUCAUUACCAACUGUAACGAUGGUUUACCUCUGAGCAAAAAUUAAUUUUAUGGGACUAAAGAGUGUACAGUAUUUUGGAUACUAUAAACCAAACAAGGCAGUCUCCCUGCUGUUGUUAAGGUGUAAUAUAAUGAAUUGUAUUUGAACUGUGUGACUCUGUGUGCCCGUUAUGUUCUCAAACGCACAGUAGAGAAGGUUCUUUCGUUGAUAUGAAUGAAAAAUGGGCUGUUACAUAUCUAGCAAUUUAUCCAGCUCACAAAAAUCAGUUCUUUUAAAAUUUGUGAGCAAAGGGCAUGUUUAGCAACAAAUGAAAAGGUGCAACUAAGAUUAAUCCUGUAAGCAGGAUGUAUUGACAUAUCAGCUGUUGCACAAAGUCCUUAAUUGUAAUCAUCAUGGUGAAAUGUGAUUCCACUAGUGAAAACAGUGAAUUAAAAAAUGUACAAGCACACUUAGGAGUGAUCAGUGCAUUCAGAAACCAGUGUUUCAAAGCAGCAAUAGGUAACUAAUUUUACAUUAUUUUAU